UAAUUCGACUAUUUCAGAUCGAGAUUCCGCUUACACCUGUCAAAACAAAGCAAAAAAAAAAACACAUUUUUUGAAUAAUAAUUGCAUGCAAUAACUAAUGAAACAAAUUUUUCUAUUACUUUGCAAAGAAUUAUUUUAAAUAAUUAUAAACCUUAAAUUAAAAAUCAAAAUUUAAAAAGAAUUUUAAAGAAAUCGAAGAAAUUGUAUCCUAACCUAAAAGUAACUAAAAUUAGCAAGUGAUAAUAUCAUGCUAACAAUGUGAAUAAAAUAAUUCUAUUGUUGAAUAAAAAAUUAUUCCAAUUAUAAUAAAAAGGUGUUAAUGUGAAAAAUAAAAUAAUGGCAAAAAAAACAAAACAAUGGGCAGAGGAUGUCUUCGAAAGUUGGGGUGGCUAUAUGGAAGCAAAAAAAGCAAAACUCGAAGAACAAUUUCAAACGGAUGCAAAAAUAGAAUAUGAAAAUACAUCAACAACAUUAUUUAAAGGUGUUGCAAUAUUUGUAAAUGGUUAUACAGAACCAACGGCAGAUGUUCUAAGACGAUUAAUGUUACAACACGGUGGUGUUUAUCAUCAAUAUUUAAGAUCUAAACAAACAACACAUUUAAUUGCCUCAAAUUUGCCAUAUUCAAAAAUAGUUAUGUAUAUGAAAAGUAAAAAUCCACUACCACUUUGUAAACCCACUUGGAUUACUGAUAGCAUAAAAGCUGGUAAAAUUUUAGAUUUUCGAAACUAUUUACUCUAUUCACAAAAUACAAAAUCACAACCUCAAUUAUUUAAUAUUUUCAAAUCAAGUCCAAAUAAAUCAAUUGUCAACGGUACAAAUUCUUUGAAAUCAACUUCCCUUCAAUUGAAUGAAAAUAAUUCAAUUCACAAUGAUUGUAAAACAAUUUCAAACGAUAUUUCUCAAAAUAAUUCUCACAGUAGACUUUCAAAUGUGGAAGAAUUUUCUAAUAAAAAUUUCCAAUCUGCCCAAACUUCAACACCAAAUGUAAAUAGUAAAGAUUCUUUGAGAAUAAUAGUUGAAAAUUCAAAAUCAGAAACGGACAAUUUACAAUCGACAAUUAUUGAAAAUUCAAUGGAAAAAGAAAAUCCUGAAUUUUCAAAUAGAUCAAAUGAUAAAAUAUCUGAAAUUUCAAAAUCAUCAAUUAAUGUGAAAAGUUCUACUAAAGAAAUUGCAAUGAAAAAUAAAUCUUCCAUGUGUUCGAAAAAUUCGGAUUUUAUCUCUGAAUUUUAUAAUAAUUCACGUUUACAUCAUAUUGCAACAAUGGGUGCAACAUUUAAGGAUUAUAUUAAUGAAUUGAGAGAAAAAAAUAAGGGACAUUUUCCCGGUCUCGAACGAUUAAUAGUGGAGAAUAAAUUGAAUCGACCUGGACCAUCGACUAAAAUCGAUUCUGAUUCUGAUGAUGAUAUAUUUGCAACUGACUCGAGUCCAAAUGAAAAUCUACAAGAAAAUAUAAUAAUGCACAUUGAUAUGGAUUGUUUUUUUGUUUCUGUUGGCAUUAGAAAUCGUCCUGAAUUAAAAGAUCAACCAGUUGCUGUUACACAUGCUAAGGGAAAUAAAACAAAUGAAAAUCAAGAAGGUUCUUAUUCAGAAAUUGCCUCAUGCUCGUAUGAGGCAAGAAAAUUUGGUUUAAAAAAUGGUAUGUUCUUGGGUCAAGCGUUAAAACUUUGUCCAAAUUUAAAAACAAUAAAAUAUGAUUUUGAUGGUUACAAGGAAGUUUCUUAUGGACUUUAUGAUACUGUUGCUUCAUAUACACUUGACAUUGAAGCUGUUAGUUGUGAUGAAAUGUAUGUGGAUUGUUCGAAAAUUCUUUCUAAGGCAAAUAUUACAUCAUCAAAAUUUGCAACAUUUAUUAGAAGGGAGAUUAAAGAAAAAACUGGAUGUCCAGUUUCAACGGGUUUUGGAGCAAAUAAAUUACAGGCAAGACUUGCUACUAAAAAAGCAAAACCUGAUGGUCAAUUUCAUUUGACGGAGGAUUCUGUUUUAAAUUAUGUUGGAACAUUGAAUGUCAAGGAUUUACCAGGUGUUGGUUAUUCAACGACAAGUAAAUUAAAUGCAAUGCAAGUGAAAACAUGUUUAGAUCUUCAAACAUUUGAAAUUACAUAUUUGCAAAAAGAAUUUGGAAAGAAAACUGGUGAAUUAUUGUACAAUAUGUGUCGAGGAAUUGAUAAUUCAAAAUUAAAUAUGGAACAUGUGAGAAAAUCUGUCUCUGCCGAAGUAAAUUAUGGAAUUCGUUUUGAAAAUCAUUUGGAUGCUGAAGAAUUUUUAAAGAAAUUAUCUUUGGAAAUUUGUACACGUCUUAAAAAUGCAAAUGCAAAGGGAAGAUGUUUAACUUUAAAAUUAAUGGUUCGUGCUAAAGAAGCACCCAAAGAAACAGCCAAAUUUAUGGGUCAUGGACUUUGUGAUUAUUUUACUAAAUCAAAGAAUUUUAUUGCCGCUGUUGAUGAACAAACAAUUAUUACCAAAGAAAUUCUUAGUCUAUGGAAUCAAAUGCAACAAACACCAGAAGAUAUUCGAGGUAUUGGAAUUCAAAUAUCAAGACUCGAAAUAAUGAAACACAAGUCAAACACUAAUUGUUUGGUGAAUUUCAUUAAAAAAGCCAAACAAUCAAUUUCUGAAACGAACAUUAAUGAAUCAAAACAAAUUUUAGAAUCUAACAAAAAUAAGAUCGAUUCAAAUGAAACAAAAAAUAUUCCCAAACUCAUAAAUCAUGAAACAAUUUCUAAAAAAUCUAAUUUUCAAACUAAAUCUUCUUCCUCUUCUUUUGAGAAUAAAAUAAUUUUACCAUCGCAAGAAAUUGAUGAUUCAAUUUUAAAUGAAUUGCCCGAAGAUAUUAGAAAAGAAAUUGAAGCCAGCAGCAAGUCAAUUAAAUCAAAAACCAAUGAAAUUGAAAAAAAAGAGAAAUCUAAAGGUUCGACAAAAACAAUAAUUCAAACAAAACAAGAGUCAUAUUUUAAAGAGAGAAAAAAUAUUCCAAGGGGAAAAGCUGAAUUGCCACCACUUCAAGAAGUGGACAUGUCCGUUCUUGUAGAAUUGCCUGAGGAUAUAAGAAAUGAAAUUCUAAACGAAUAUAAAUCUAACAAAAAAUCUGAAACCCCACCAUUGACCAAAAUUAAAUCAAACGAUGAGAUUUCAAAAUCAAAUAAUAUUGAAACAAAAUUUCACAAAACAUCAAAUUAUUUAACUGACGAGAGAGAUUUUUCAUUUUCACAAGUUGAUCCCGAAUUUUUAGCAGCCUUACCAGACGACAUGAAAGAUGAUGUAAAAAUGUUUUGUAUGAUUAAAAGACGUGAAAAAAAUAAUGCCGAAAAGAAAAAAAUUAUUUCAACAAAAUCAAAGGGAAAUUUAAAAUCAAAAAGAGGUAGAAAACCAAAAAAUACUGUUUAUAAAAGUAAUUCAAUGCCGCUAAUUCGUAAUGAAAUUGAAGAAAAAAAAAUUCAACAAAUAUUCAGAGAAGAAAAAGAAGAAGAAGAAAAUAUUUUAAAUAUGGAUAAAAAACAAGAAGACGAAGACAGAGAAAUGAUUGCUAUAAUUUCACACGUAAGAUCAUUUUCUGACAAUGAUGUGAAAAGUCAAGGUCAAGAGAAAGCGUUGAGCGCACUUGUUAAAUGUAUGUUUGAUCUGUCAACUGAUCAGAUCAGAAUGCAGAUACAAAGUUGGGUUUCCAAUUCGGUGUUUGUAAAUGAAAUAGACAUUUUAUCACUAGCCACAUAUUUGAGCAUGCUUCCAGGAAAAAAAUUGAUUGAGGAUCUACAUAUUUUAUUAAAAUGCAUGCACAGAUGUAUAACAGAAUCUGGAAAUUGCGUUUGGCAUGAGGCAUACAGAAAAAUAGUGGAGCAUGUUCAACAUUAUAUGCAAAUCGAGUAUAAGAGCAGUCUAAUGAUACCAACGAUCAGAUGCAAUCUUCACAAGUGCAGGAGUGACAAUAUAUGUUAACCUUCGG